UAGUUCACCAUACCAUCACAGAAAUAGAAACUCUGAAGAAAAGAGUGAAAAAUAAUAAAGAUGGGGAGAGGUAGGGUUCAGUUGAAGAGGAUCGAGAACAAGAUUAGCAGGCAAGUGACAUUCUCUAAGAGAAGAACUGGUUUACUAAAGAAAGCUCAUGAGAUCUCUGUUCUGUGUGAUGCUGAUGUCGCUGUGAUUGUUUUCUCUACAAAAGGGAAGCUCUUUGAGUACUCCACUGACUCCAGCAUGGAAUCGAUCCUUGAAAGAUACGAAAGAUGCUCGUAUGCAGAGCAGCAGUUUGUGCCACAUGGCCCUGAACAUCAGGGAAGCUGGUUUUUGGAGCACCCAAAGCUCAGGGCUAGGGUUGAACUCUUGCAGAGAAACCUAAGGAACUAUACAGGACAGGAUUUGGACCCUUUAAGUUACAAAGAACUUCAACACCUGGAGCAAAAAAUAGAUACUGCUCUUAAGAGCAUACGAUCAAGAAAGAACCAACUCGUCCAUGAAUCCCUUGCAGAAAUGCAGAAAAAAGAAAAGGCACUUCAGGACCAGAACAACAUACUAGUAGAACAGGCCAAGAAAAAACUGAAGGCGCUAACUGAGCAAGCACAAUGGGAGCAGCAAAACCUUGGCCAGAACUCAUCCUCUUUUAUGCUACCACAAGCACCACCUCCACUGCAGCCGUCAAUGCUAUCACAUCCUCCACCAACUAUAGGUGGCAGUUUCCAGAUUAGAGGAUUCCUGAACGGAAACAAGGAUGUUGAAGUUCAAACUCAACCUAGCACCAUUCCACAUUGGAUGCUUCGCCAUGUCAAUGAUAGAAUUUGAGACAUGGGAUGAGAGAUCAGAAAAUCAAUGGGGCAUUGAGGUGAAGAAGAGUACUUAUCACUUCGUUCUUAUAGCCGUCAAUUUAUCCAUCGCAUAACCUCUACUAAUAUGCAGACAAUUUCAAGUGCUUAUUCACAAUAAUUGAAUUUGUAAUCUUAACUAUUUCGAGACUAAAACCAGCUCCGUGUCUUGUCAUAUCCCUUAAGUAGGCAAAGAUUCCACUUUGCAUGCAUGCUAGUAUAGUCUCUGCUUCAACAAGCUUACUCCA